ACUGUUAGCAUUUAACACACGGGUUCUUCUUCCGGACACGUUAUUGUUGCAUCAGCACCCAACCAUCAAGCACUGUGGCAAUGUCGACCUCAGGAGAGCCAGCCUUUGAGUAUGGCUUCUUGCUACAGAUAAAUGAGGAAGCCGCGCUGGCUGUGGCCCUGAAUGACUACCUAACCUCACGCAGCUACCUGGCGGGGUUCAGCCCCUCCCAGGCCGACCAGAAAGCCUUUAAGCUCCUCCACAGGCCCCCAGAUCCACAACAUGUGCACGCUCUGCGCUGGUACAGACACAUAGCAUCCCUGCAGCUGGACCUCAACUCUGAGAGCAGCAUGAAAGGAAAGCGGGUCCAGCCCUCUUGGUCUGCACCAGCAGGAACAGACGUUCCCCAACUUCUGCUCUACAACAGUCUGACAAGAGCAAAGGAGCCGUUUGUUCCCCAGAAAGGGAAUAAAGUGUCAUGGUACUGCUGUGGCCCCACAGUGUAUGAUGCCUCACACAUGGGACAUGCCAGAUCCUACAUAUCUUUCGAUAUCCUGCGAAGGAUACUGAGGGACUACUUCAAGUACGAUGUCUUCUACUGCAUGAACAUCACAGACAUUGAUGACAAAAUCAUUAAACGGGCCCGGCAGAACUACCUCCUAGACCAGUACAAGGCGAAGCAGCCGCAAGCUGCUCAAAUACUGCAGGAUGUCCUGAGCGCCAGAGGGCCCUUUCAGGCCUAUUUGGCUUCGACCACAGACCCAGACAAGAAGCAGAUGCUGGAGAAGCUGGACGUCGCCGUCACCGCCGCUCUGCAGCCCCUGCAGGCAGCGAUGGAGAGCAAAGACCAGGCGGUGCAGCCUCUGGCAGAGGUGCUGUUGGAGAGCUCCAAGGACCUGCUGGCUGACUGGCUGGACAAACAGUUCGGAAGUCAAGUGACAGAGAACUCGAUCUUCUCCAUCCUCCCCAAAUACUGGGAGGGAGAGUACCACAAAGACAUGGCAGCCCUGAAUGUUCUUCCCCCUGAUGUCCUCACUCGGGUCAGUGAAUACGUGCCCGAGAUUGUGGACUUUGUGAAGAAGAUUGUGUCAAAUGGUUAUGGGUAUGAAUCGAACGGUUCUGUGUACUUUAACACCUCGAAGUUUGACGCCAGUCCACAGCACUCGUACGCCAAACUGGUGCCUGAGGCGGUCGGAGAUCAGAAAGCUUUACAAGAGGGAGAAGGUGACCUGAGCAUCUCAGCCGACAGACUAAGUGAGAAAAAGUCCCAAAAUGACUUUGCCUUGUGGAAAGCCUCCAAGCCAGGAGAGCCUUCCUGGGACUCUCCAUGGGGGAAGGGAAGGCCGGGCUGGCACAUCGAAUGUUCGGCCAUGGCCGGCUCUAUCUUGGGAGAGUCCAUGGACAUCCACGGCGGCGGAUUCGAUCUCCGAUUCCCCCAUCACGACAACGAGCUGGCUCAGUCUGAGGCUUUCUUUGAGAAUGACUACUGGGUCCGCUACUUCCUGCACACUGGGCACCUGACGAUCGCAGGCUGCAAGAUGUCGAAAUCUUUGAAGAAUUUCAUCACCAUUAAGGACGCCUUGGCAAAGAACACAGCUCGGCAGCUCCGUCUGGCCUUCCUGAUGCAUUCCUGGAAAGACACCCUGGACUAUUCUUCUAACACAAUGGAGUCGGCCGUCCAGUACGAAAAGUUCAUGAAUGAGUUCUUCCUCAACGUAAAAGACAUCCUGCGUGCUCCGACUGACAUCACCGGUCAGUUUGAGAAGUGGGAGGCAGCAGAGGUGGAGCUUAACAGCAGUUUCUAUGACAGGAAGUCAGCCGUCCAUGGGGCUCUGUGUGACAACGUGGACACUCGUACCGCCAUGGAGGAAAUGAGGGUGCUAGUCAACCAGAGCAACAGCUACAUCGCCAGCAGGAAGAACGCCAAGCUGAAGCCCAACCGCCUCCUGCUGGAGAGCAUCGCCGUGUAUCUCACCAACAUGCUGAAGGUAUUUGGAGCCAUUGAGGGAUCGGAUCCUGUAGGUUUCCCCAUGGGAGGACAAGCUCAAAGUGUCGAUCUGGAGAGCACAGUGAUGCCGUAUCUCACAGUGCUGUCAGAUUUCAGAGAGAGGGUCAGAAAAAUCGCCCGAGAGCAGAAAGUGACGGAGCUGCUGCAGCUCUGUGACGUGGUCCGUGACGAUACGUUACCGGAGCUGGGAGUCCGACUGGAGGAUCAUGAAGGCCUGCCUACAGUGAUGAAACUGGUGGACAAGGAGACAUUACUGAAGGAGAGAGAGGAGAAGAAGAAGAUGGAGGAGGAGAAGAAAAGGAAGAAAGAGGAGGCUGCCAGGAAGAAACAAGAACAAGAGAUGGCUAAACUCGCCAAGAUGAAGGUCCCUCCAUGUGAAAUGUUUCGCACAGAAACAGACAAAUAUUCCAAGUUCGAUGAGACGGGUUUCCCCACUCAUGACGUUGAAGGGAAGGAGCUCAGCAAAGGCCAAGCCAAGAAGUUGCGCAAGCUCUAUGAGACCCAGGAGAAAUUGCACAAUGACUACCUGCAGAUGAACCAAAAUGGCAACUGAUUCUGUUCAGACUGUCCAAGCCAUCCACUCUACAGAAUACCUACACAAUAAAUGUUAAGGCCACAGAUGCUGGGUCAUCGUUUGUCUCCUGAUUAUCUGGUUCGGAUCAGAAAACAACAGGUUUAUUUGUUUCUUUUUCUUUUAUAGAACAACGGUUAAAAUUGACACUUCAAAACCAAAUCUCAUCAUUCAUAAUUUCUUUUUAAAUCGGGGGGGGGGUUGGAGAGAGCAACAUUAAGGAGACGUCCUCCUUGUUCUGUUUAUGUCUCUUCAUCUCUUCACAACAGCAAAAACAAGGCUAUAAAUGAAGUGAGGUUUGAAUAAAUGAAGUGACACUGAACAGAUGGGUGACAGAUUAAAGAAGAACCUCAGAAAGUUGUUUAUUCAUCAUAAGCCUCCAGCGCAGGGUCUGUGCUGCGUGUCCAGGUGUCUGAACUUGGAUGGAUGGAGCACCAUUCUUCUAAAACACCUUCUCUCAUUUGGUAUUUUGUUGUUUGCUGUUGUUCCAAAGUCCCCCGUUAUAUUUCUCUUCAGGUUUUUCCUUAAUUUGUCACCUGUCUGUAUCUAUAUUUAGACUUGGCAGAAGGCACUAGAGCUGCAACGAUUAUUUUAAUCAUCAAUUAAUCUGCCUGUUGUUUUCUCCAUUAUUUGUUUAUAAAAUUUGAGGAAAUAGUAAAAUGUGUGUUGUGUGAGGUGUCCAAGAUAUUAUGUUUGCAAUCUUCUGACGCAUCAGUGUCUCACGCUGAUGACGCUGAAACCAUUCUGUGUUAAUCAAUUAUCAAAAUGAAUGCUCAUUAUUUUUUUGUCGAUCAAUUAAUCGACUAAUCAUUGCAGCUUUAGAGGGACCUUUUGAUUAAAAAUCAGCACCUGACCAUUACUUUUUUUACUGUGAUCGUUGCACCCGGUGCGGCGCAUUUUUUCAAUCCUUUUAUUUCUUUUUUCCAGGAAUGUUGCUUUAUACAACCGAUAAAUUAGUAACUGAAUAAAAAGAUGUUCUUUUUCAUAAAAAAAUCACCUUCACUUAAUAAUAUCUGGGAAUGGAAACCUAUUGUACUCGCAAAAUGCUAACCAGUACUUGCAGAUACGAGUGAAAAAGAUAUAAAUAAAAAAUAACAUUUUUGUCUAUUCUCCCGUCACAUAAAUAAACAUUCAUUGCCUGAUAUUUGCAAUUCACAAAAAAAAAAACAUUUCUGUAUUAUGCACAAAGGCUGAUCGCCAAAGACUGAAUUUGUAAUUUGUUGUAACUUGUCAGUGUGUUGAUGGUGAUUACUGUACAACAAUAUUAUCUAUACUUAGAAUAUUUCACAUAUUUACAUCAAUCUUCUGUGUUUUUGGUUCAUUGCUCUUUUACAUCUUUGGUAACUUUACUGGAUUUAUAUCGUCUUAAAGGAUAACGCCUCCAGUAUUCAGGACUACUUUUAACUGCAGGAUUAAUACACAUAUGACAGAUUUCGACAUUGAAGCUCUAUGGCAUAAAGGAAUAAAACUUAUCGAACAAUA